AAUCCUUCAAGAUUAGCCACCAACCUCCUCUCUUUACACUUCUUUCUUAUUCUUAGGACCAGAAAUACCCGAUGCCGCAUUCUUUAUUUGCUGAAAACACCGGGAUUUUGGCCAUUCCAUUGCUUUCUUUCUGAUUCAAUCUUCAAUAAGUUCCCAAUAUGGCUGGGAAAUUAACUACAGGAAAUAUCACUGGUAUUGAGAAACUGCAUAUUGUUGGUGGAGCUGAAGAUCGUACUGCUAUUACAAACGGCAACGCUGCAAAGAAUAAACCUCUAGUUGUUUGCUUCGGUGAAUUGUUGAUCGACUUUGUACCGACGGUUGGAGGGGUUUCUCUGGCUGAAGCACCUGCUUUCAAGAAGGCUCCUGGUGGUGCUCCUGCAAAUGUGGCUGUUGGGGUAUCACGAUUAGGAGGAUCAUCCGCUUUCGUAGGAAAGGUAGGUGAUGAUGAAUUUGGCUACAUGUUAGCUGACAUUUUAAAACAAAACAAUGUUGACAACUCUGGCAUGCGAUUUGAUCGAACUGCAAGAACUGCGCUUGCAUUUGUUACUCUCAAAGCUGAUGGUGAACGUGAGUUCAUGUUUUUCCGUCAUCCAAGUGCUGAUAUGCGUCUUCAUGAGUCGGAACUCAAUACAAACCUCAUUAAGCAGGCAAACAUCUUUCACUAUGGUUCUAUUAGUUUGAUCGAGGAACCAUGCAAGUCAGCUCACUUGGCAGCAAUGAACAUUGCCAAGAAGUCUGGAAGCAUGCUCUCUUAUGAUCCAAAUUUAAGAUUGCCACUAUGGCCAUCACCAGAGGCUGCUCGAAAAGGCAUAAUGAGUAUAUGGGAUCAAUCGGACAUUAUUAAGGUGAGCGAGGAUGAAAUUACAUUCUUAACCGGAGGUGAUGACCCUUAUGAUGAUAACGUGGUGAUGAAGAAGCUUUUUCAUCCUAAUCUUAAGCUUUUGGUUGUAACCGAGGGAUCAGAGGGUUGUAGAUAUUACACCAAGGCAUUUAAGGGCAGGGUUCCUGGCAUUAAAGUUAAACCUGUAGACACGACAGGUGCUGGCGAUGCGUUUGUCAGUGGCUUAUUGAAUAGCCUAGCUUCUGAUUCAAAGCUAUUUCAGGACGAGAAGCGGUUAAGAGAUGCCUUACUUUUUGCAAAUGUCUGUGGAGCCCUAACAGUAACGGAGAGAGGUGCAAUACCGUCGCUGCCAACAAAAACAGCCGUGCUUGAUGCUUUGAACAAACAUUCUGCAUCAAAGAAAUGAAAGAGAUCCUCCUAACUGGUAUACUUUUGUUUUAUUAUAGCUUCCUUGCUGAGUUUCAGAGCAUUACUUGCUUCUCGUACAACUACAUAGAAGUUCCCCUUACACUGGUUGAGCCGGUUUCAGUGGUUUAAGCGUCAUAGAGUUUUGAUAUAUGAAUAAAACAAGCGAUCCCAUGUUAAUCUCUAGAAAAGAAAAGGUGCUUCUCCGCGCUGCGGGAUGUUCUUGUAUGAGAUAAACAUAUGAAAUUAGCUGAAAACAGAGGUUUUAAAGUGGAAUACACAAAUUAACUUCUACCCUACUGUAAAA